AUGAAUAUGAGCACAAAGUUUGAGAAACCAAUUUGGGAAGCACUUGGUAUCGAUCUGGCCACGAACAAUGCCGAUAAAUUAGCCGUCAUCCGCUUGCUUCGAGAGAUCCAUAACCCCAUGUUGCACGACUGUCUUCAAAAGGGACGUGAUUGGAGCUCGACAUUUAAAGGUAAGUUGGGAUUCGAGAUUAGACGCAGGCUCACAGAAAGGCAAAACGAUUUGCCAGCUAUAGUUCGUGCUCAUGUCCCAGAUCCAGCGACACUUACAGAGCGUAUGUACAAUGUCAUUAGAUAUUACCGCUUCACUGAUCCUUCAUGGAGAGUCGUCGACCCUAACUAUCCUAUUGUUGAAGUUGUCCCUCCACCUCCUCCUGCAGGUGGCCUUGCACCUCGCCCUCCUGGUCCUGCUCCUCCUCGUGUUCUUGCUCCUGCUCUUCCUCCUGUUGAUAGGCGUCUUCUUGUCCCUGCUCCUGGUUCUGCUUUUGUCCCUGCUCCUGCCCCUGCCCCUGCUCGUGCUCCUGUUCGUGGCCCUGCUCGUGUUCCUGCCCCUAUCCGUGGCCCUAUUCGUGCUCCUCCUAUUGAUGAUGUUCCUUCUUCUCUUCGUAUUCCUUCCUCUACUCUUGAUCGUCCUCGUGCCCGUCCUCGGCGUCAGCCUCAUGCUCGUGCUACUGCGCCUGCGCCUACGUCUGCCCCCGCACCUGAUCCUGCGCCUGCUCCUACGCCUGCUCCUGCUAGGCCUCGUGCUAGGCCUCGUGCUGGUGCUGGUGCUGGUGCUCCUGAGCCUGAUCCUGCUCCUGCACCUACACCUACGCCUACUCCUGCUCCUGCACCUACUCCUGCGCGUGCUCAUGCUGGUGCUCGUGUGACUGAUCCUGCGCCUGCCCCUAGCCCUGCCCCUGCUCCCACUCCGCCUCCGGCUCCUAAUCCUGUUCCAGUUCCUAAUCCUGUUUUAGUUCCAGUUCCCACUCCUACUCCGACCCCUGCUGCCGCCCCUACUUCGGAUUUAUAUCUCGAUGAGCAAGACUCGGCGCUACUGACAGCGCUAAUGGGCGCUGGGUACGGACCAACCGACACAACAUCUUCUGAUCCCGAUCCUACUCCAAAUUCGUAUCUCGAUGAGCAAGAAACGGCGCUACUGACAGCACUAACGGGCGCUGGAUACGGAUCUCAGCCACCCGACACAACAUCUGCUGCCCCCGCUCCUGCUCCUGCUCCUGCUCCUGCUCCUGCUCCUGCUCCAAAUUUGUAUUUCGAUGAGCAAGACGCAGCGCUAAUGACAGCGCUAAUUCGCGCUGGAUACGGACCAACCGACACAACAUCUUCUGAUCCCGAUCCUACUCCAAAUUUGCAUUUCGAUGAGCAAGACACAUCGCUAAUCCGCGCUAGAUACGAAGCUCAGUUCACUCCCGACCCACCCGCCAUAACAUCCCCUACUCCAGCUCCAGCUUCACCUCCACCUCCUAGCCGUUUCCGUCCCCUUUCCCCUGCUCCAGUUCUGGCUCCAGCUCCAGCUCCUAUCUCUGUUUAUGUCCUUCCACCUCCUCCUAUUGAUAGACGUCUUACCAUCGCUCCUCCUCCUCGAAGUCGCGUCCCUUUUGGAAGGUCUACGGGGCCAAGAUCUAAGAAUCCACACCAGGCUUUUACUAAUACUACAGCUCCUCUUAGUCACUCUCUCACCACGUUUGCCCUCACUCCUUCUUCUGGUCCUCAAGUUCAACCUAGCAUUAGUCUCGAUCCAGAUCAUGCUCUCGUUAUUGCACCGGAAGACCUUCACGCCCCUAUUCCAGAUGAACCACAGAACGACUACCUUAUGACCGAUCCUAUGGAAGCUCCAUCUCCGCCUGGUACUGACCUAGAUGUUUCUUCACUAGAAGGACUUUACGCCCCUAUCCCAGAUUUACCACAAAGUGACUUCCUCAUGACCGAUCUUAUGGAAGCUCCAUCUCCGCCUGGCACUGACCUAGAUGUUUCUGCACUAGAAGGACUUUACGCCCCUAUCCCAGAUUUACCACAAAGUGACUUCCUCAUGACCGAUCUUAUGGACGCUCCAUCUCCGCCUGGCACUGACCUAGAUGUUUCUGCACCUACUAUUGGACGUGAGAGUCGCAAGCGGUCUAGGGAUGAUGAUGGUGAGCAAGAUGAACCGUCUUCCCCGCCACGAAAGAAGCAGUCCGAGUGGACAAAUUUGACUACUCUAAGUGACUCUUCUUCAAGUGGCAAUGAACCAGAGCCGGAUGCUGGUGGCGAUAUCCUGAUGGAUGAUCAACCGUAUAUGCCUUAUAAGAUUGCGAAUGAGUCUGCUGAACCAGAUAGCAGCGUGUGGUCUACGAUGCGAGGUUAUCUCGGUCUUACGGGCCGCGGAUCUACUCCACCGGAACAAGAUGAGCAGCUCUAG